GAGCAAUCAUCAAUCAACAUCCAUACAACCAACCCUUCACCCCAUUUCUCUCCCUUCUUUCUCUAUAUAACCAACCAAUACUUUUACUUCAUAAAUUCUUAAAGUUCUUAUAUAUAUCUCCAUAAUUUGUUUUUAUUAAUACACCAAUAUUUCUAAUUGAUGAGUUGUGCACUCCCCUGAAUUCCUUCCAAAAGCCAACUCCUUUUUCCCACUUUUUCUUCCAACAAACAAUUUAUUUAAUUCAUUUUUUGGUAUUUAUUUAUUUGCUUAUUUAAUUUUUUUUUCAUUCUCCAAGACAAACAAUAGGGGGGAUGCUACUACCCUUAUAGGGUGGCUCUUUUUGUCCACUCUCAUAUGCAAAUGGUACCUCAAAGUGCUUAUAUAUAUAAGCACAUGUGGUGAUUACAACUCUAUAAGCAUCUUCUUCAAGUUUCUUUUAGUUUUCAAGAGUUGAAGCAAGCAUCAAUGGCUAUCUUCAUUGCAAUUCUUGGUUUUUUCUUUGUGUUCUGUUUUUGCUCUGCUCUUUUGAAGUGGAAUGAGGUAAGAUACAGAAGGAAAGGUUUGCCACAAGGAACAAUGGGGUGGCCUGUUUUUGGAGAAACAACUGAGUUUCUUAAACAAGGUCCUAACUUCAUGAAAAAUCAAAGGUCAAGGUAUGGGAAUUUUUUCAAAUCUCACAUAUUAGGAUGUCCUACAAUUGUAUCAAUGGAUCCAGAACUAAAUAGAUACAUAUUGAUGAAUGAAGCAAAAGGGUUUGUUCCAGGAUACCCUCAAUCCAUGUUAGAUAUCUUAGGAAAAUGUAACAUUGCAGCUGUUCAUGGCUCCACUCACAAGUACAUGAGAGGGACAUUGCUUUCAAUCAUUAGUCCCACCUUAAUCAGAAAUCAGCUUUUACCUAAAAUUGAUGAGUUCAUGAGAACUCAUGUAAGUGAUUGGGAUAACAAAAUCAUCAACAUUCAAGACAAAACUAAAGAGAUGGCAUUUCUCUCAUCUUUGAAGCAAAUUGCUGGUAUGGAAUCAAGCUCAAUUUCUCAGCCUUUCAUGACAGAGUUCUUUAAGCUUGUUUUAGGAACUCUCUCCCUCCCUAUUAAUCUUCCGGGCACAAACUAUCGUCGUGGAUUACAGGCAAGGAAAAGUAUUAUUAACAUUUUGAGUAAGCUACUUGAAGAAAGGAGAGCAUCAAAAGAAAUCUAUGAAGACAUGCUUAGUUGUUUGAUGAGAGGGAAUGAUAAUAAAAGCAAAUUAAAUGAUGAAGAACUUAUUGAUCUAAUCAUUACAAUUAUGUAUUCUGGUUAUGAAACUAUUUCAACUACAUCAAUGAUGGCUGUAAAGUACCUGCAUGAUCAUCCUAAAGUUCUUGAUGAAAUGAGGAAAGAGCAUUUUGCUAUUAGAGAAAGGAAAAAGCCAGAAGAUCCUAUAGAUUGUAAUGAUCUCAAGUCUAUGAGGUUUACUCGAGCAGUGAUUUUUGAGACCUCGAGAUUAGCUACUAUAGUUAAUGGAGUUCUGAGAAAAACAACUCAUGACAUGGAAUUAAAUGGCUAUUUGGUUCCUAAAGGGUGGAGGAUAUAUGUAUAUACUAGAGAGAUAAAUUAUGAUCCAAUUCUUUAUCAUGAUCCACUAACAUUUAAUCCAUGGAGAUGGCUGGGAAAUAAUCUAGAGUCACAUAGUCAUUUCUUGAUAUUUGGAGGAGGCACUAGACAAUGUCCAGGAAAGGAGUUGGGAAUAGCAGAAAUUUCCACUUUCUUGCACUACUUUGUAACUAGAUACAGAUGGGAAGAAGUAGGAGGAGAUAAACUAAUGAAAUUUCCUAGAGUUGUGGCACCAAAUGGACUACACAUAAGAGUCUCAUCUUAUUGACCAUGAUUUGUAUAGAUAAUACAGCACAUAGUAGUGAUAGGGUUUUUGUUUUGUAUGAUAUGAUAAUUAAUUCUCUAACAAAUUAGAAAAUCAAGGAAAUCAGUAGAUUCUUGUUCUUUUUUGCAACAUUUAAGACAAUUCAACUGUUUUUGAGCAGCAUUUAUUUAUAAUGCUAAUUUAUGGUUGGAAUGUGGGUGUGAAGAAUAUUGUAAGUUUGGAAAAUUGACAACUUAAUUUUGUCA